GGGAUUGAUCCUUCAUAUUCUAGAACACCGUUUCUCGUCGUGUCGCGAAAGAUCCAUAAUGGUAUAUAAGGUGCGAUCCGAGACCAAAAUGGCAGUCAAACACAAAUUGCCAAGUUUGAAACUUCGAAACUUUGAGUCAACUAGACUACGAUUCAGUAACAGUACAUACAAUAAUUUGUUUUAUCUACAAUUGAAAAAUUUAUUCAAUCGCUACUUUCACUUUAGUGUUUACAAACAAGCAUGGCAAGUAAAGCUCCAGCAAUCGGCAUCGACCUGGGAACGACGUUUUCCUGUGUCGGUGUAUUUCAACAUGGAAAAGUAGAAAUCAUCGCCAACGACCAAGGAAACAGAACGACGCCCAGUUACGUUGCGUUCACAGAUACCGAGAGACUGAUAGGAGAUGCGGCUAAAAACCAGGUAGCCAUGAACGCAAACAAUACAAUCUUUGACGCUAAGAGGCUGAUAGGCCGCAAGUUCAACGACGACAGUGUACAGUCCGACAUGAAACAUUGGCCGUUCACGGUGAUCAAUGAUGGAGGAAAGCCCAAGCUAGAAGUGGAGUUCAAGAACGAGAAAAAGAGAUUUACCCCAGAAGAAAUCAGCUCAAUGGUGCUGACCAAAAUGAAGGAGACAGCAGAAGCCUACUUGGGACAAACUGUCCGAGACGCAGUCGUCACCGUUCCUGCCUAUUUCAACAACGCCCAGAGAGAGGCCACUAAAGACGCCGGAGUGAUAGCCGGUCUCAAUGUUCUCAGGAUAGUAAACGAACCCACAGCUGCUGCUCUGGCUUAUGGUCUAGAUAAGAACAUUUCCGGUGAGAAAAACGUUCUCAUCUUUGACCUCGGAGGUGGUACAUUUGACGUGUCCAUCCUUACCAUUGAUGAGGGUUCCAUAUUUGAGGUUCGCUCCACUGCAGGGGAUACUCACCUGGGAGGUGAAGAUUUCGACAACAGAAUGGUCAAUCACUUUGUGCAGGAAUUCAAGCGCAAGUACAAUAAAGACAUUUCCAAAAAUAACCGUUCACUGAGACGACUCAGGACAGCUUGCGAGCGUGCCAAGAGAACACUGUCCAGCAGUUCUGAGGCCAACAUUGAGAUCGACUCGCUGUUUGAGGGAAUGGACUUCUACAGCAAAAUCACACGGGCUAGAUUUGAAGAAAUGUGUGCAGAUUUGUUCCGUGGAACCUUAGAACCUGUAGAGAAAGCCCUGAGGGACGCCAAAAUGGACAAAUCUAAAAUUCACGAGGUGGUUUUGGUUGGAGGGUCGACAAGAAUUCCAAAGAUCCAGAAAAUGCUGCAAGACUUCAUGGGCGGAAAAGAACUGAACAAGUCGAUCAACCCAGACGAAGCUGUGGCCUACGGUGCCGCUGUCCAAGCGGCUAUUUUGAAGGGAGAUAAGAGUGAUGCCAUCAAGGACGUUCUUCUGGUCGAUGUCACUCCACUGUCUUUAGGCAUUGAAACUGCUGGAGGGGUCAUGACAAAGAUCGUCGAACGAAAUGCCAAGAUUCCUACUAAAGCAUCACAGACCUUCACCACAUACUCCGAUAACCAGCCCGGUGUAUCCAUUCAGGUGUUUGAAGGUGAACGAGCCAUGACAAAAGACAAUAACAAAUUAGGUACUUUGGAACUGAAUGGAAUUCCUCCCGCCCCUCGAGGUGUCCCACAGAUUGACGUGGAGUUUGACAUUGACGCCAAUGGUAUCUUAAACGUAUCAGCCAAGGACAAGAGCACAGGAAAGUCCAAUAAAAUCACCAUCACCAACGACAAAGGUCGUCUGAGUAAGGCCGACAUUGAGAGAAUGGUGAACGAGGCCGAGAAAUACAAAGAGGAAGACGAUAAACAGCGUCAGAGGAUAGCGGCCCGCAAUCAGUUAGAAUCCUAUGUCUUCACCGUCAAACAGGCGGCAGAGGACACAGGAGACAAACUUCAGUCUGAAGACAAAGAGACAAUAUCCAGGGUGUGCAGUGAAACAGUGUCCUGGCUCGACAACAAUGCCCUGGCAGAGGUUGACGAAUAUGAAUUCAAAUUGAAGGAGGUUCAGAAGGUGUGUUCACCCAUCAUGGCCAAACUACACCAGAACGGGUCCACGGGAAAUCAAGGACCAGCUAGUUCUAGUCAGGGUCCGACUGUAGAGGAGAUGGAUUAAGUGUGAAGAAUAACUUAAUGAUAAUGAAACCUCAUAAUGUAUUAUGAACUUAGACCGGUACUUUCUAUGAAAGAUAUACUAUGUGAAAUGUUGUUGUGUUUUUUGAAUGAAAGUUGUUAUUUAUUCGAGAGAAUGAUAUAUUGUUUUUUAAAAUUGUCAUAUUAAUCAACUUAUAUAUACAAUUGUUGUUUGUUAAUAUUAUGAGAAUACAAAUAUUUGAA